CAAAAAACCACAAUGUUUCAACCCUCUAGCCUGCGUCAUCUUCCCUGCCCUCACAAAACAUGCGGCAGCCUCGCCGACCUGCAACACCACCCCAGACAACCCCAAACACCACCUCCUCCGCCCUGAGCCUUGCCAACCACCACCAACCACCAACCAACCCUCAAACACCACACCACAAACGCCAAACACCGAACCACCACCACCACAACCUUGUUUCGACUUCGUUUCUCAUUGUUUCAACUUGCCAAGACGGGUACAUGAGGCAACGGCGGCAGUCGUCACAGGAUUAUUCCCGUUAUUGAGUUGGCCAGGGCGGUACGAGCGACGGCAGACUUUCAUCUGAACUUCACAGACUUGGCUGGAGCUACCUACCUGGAGCUACCCCCUCCGUCACCACCACCACCACUGAAUCUAUCCACGACCACACACCCACCACCACCACCAUGGAGCAAACCAAAGCCCUAAACGCUCUCGAGCCCUUCCUCGCCCUCUCCAAAUCCGCCACCUCCCCCACCGCCUCCAUCGACCUCAUCCAGCGCGCCACCUCCGCCCCAAACACCUUCAUCUUCUCUCCCCUCCUCCUCACCCCCCCCAUCCAAGCCCUCCGCUCCUCCCCCGCCACCGCCCCGCACUUCCAGCUCCUCACCCACUUCUGCUACGGGACCUACAACGACUACACUUCCUCCCCCGAUGCGCUGCCGCCGUUGACGCCGGUCCAGGCCCAGAAGUUGCGCCAGCUGAGUUUGCUUACGCACGCAAAGGAUCCGAAGAAUUUGGCGUAUGCGAGGCUGAUUGAGCUGCUGGGGUUGGGUGAUAAGAGGGAGUUGGAGACGCUGGUUACGACUGCGGUGUAUGCGGGACUGUUGACCGCGACGCUGAAUCCGCAUGAUGGGCUCGUGGCGGUGUCAUCUGUAGCGCCCCUGCGGGAUGUUGAGCCAGCGCAGAUACCGGUUCUGAUCGACACGCUGGAGGAGUGGGCAGGGCGAUGCAGCGCCACUCUUGAGGGUCUAGAGAAACAAGUUGCGAGCAUCAAGGCGGAGGCGUUGAAGAGGCAUAAAGAGGAGGUAGAGUGGGAGGGAUACGUGGGGGAGAUGGUAGAGAAGGGCGAUGAGGCUGGUGAGGGGAAGACAGAGAGGCCGCAUGGGAGGAGGGUUGGGAGGGGCGGGAAGGCACCAGGUGCGAAGAGGGGGUUUAUGGGGUUUGGGGAGGGGUUUGGGAGGGCGACGGGGGAUGGGGAUGUUGAUAUGCAGGAUGAGGAUGGGGAGUGA